UUAAUGGUCAGAGACAUGAAUGCUAUCCUAAGUCCUCAGAGGAAGGUACUUUUGGUUUACCUUGUCACAACUGACUGAGGAGAAGUACAUUCAAAUAACUACUGUCAGUGUUUUAAAAUUUCUGGGGUUUUUGAAUUGGCAAAGAAUGGAUUUGGCCAAGUUAAUUUCCACAGAUUCCACCAGUUUUUUACAUAGCCAUGAGAACACAGCAUCUUUGUUUUUCUUUGAAGAAAUUUUCCCUGCAGGUCCCUUCUCCUGACCUCUCAUUCAGGAAACAGGCUUUAGAGAAGACAAAAUGGGACAUAGUCACAAUGUGACAGAAUUUGUCCUCCUGGGCCUCACUCAGGAUCCUGGGGGCCAAAAAGCAUUAUUUGUCAUAUUUUUACUCACUUACAUUGUGACAAUGGUGGGCAACCUGCUCAUUGUGGUGACUGUUCUUGCCAGUCCCUCCCUGGACUCCCCCAUGUACUUCUUCCUUAUCUAUCUGUCACUCAUGGAUGCAGCCUAUUCCACUGCCAUUUCACCCAAAUUGAUCAUAGACUUACUUUGUGGUCAAAAGACAAUUUCCUUCUCAGCUUGCAUGGGACAGCUGUUUCUGGAACACCUCUUUGGAGGUUCUGAGGUGUUCCUUCUGGUGGCCAUGGCCUAUGAUCGCUAUGUGGCCAUCUGUAAGCCCCUGUACUAUAUAACCAUCAUGAAUAGACAGGUUUGCAUGCUGCUGUUGGUGGUGUCCUGGGCUGGAGGUUUUGUGCAUUCUGUGGUCCAACUUCUCUUUGUGUACAACCUCCCUUUUUGUGGUCCCAAUGUCAUUGACCACUUUGGCUGUGACAUGUACCCACUAUUAGAACUUGCCUGCACUGACACCUACAUCUUAGGCCUCAGUGUGGUUGCCAAUGGUGGAACAAUCUGUGUGGUCAUCUUUAUUUGUCUACUAAUAUCCUAUGGAGUCAUCCUAAGUUCCCUUAAAACUCACAGUUGGGAAGGCAGGCGCAAAGCCGUGUCUACCUGUGGUUCUCACAUCACAGUGGUUGUUCUCUUUUUUGUUCCCUGCAUUUUUAUGUAUGUGAGACCUGUUUCUAACUUCCCUGUUGAUAAAUUCAUAAGCGUGGCUUAUACUGUUAUCACUCCCAUGUUGAAUCCUCUAAUAUACACUUUGAGAAAUGCAGAAAUGACAAAUGCUAUGAAAAAACUCUGGUGGAAGAAGUUAGCUAUGGACAGAAUGAGAAUGUGUCAUUCAUAUUGAGUGCACUUGUUAGUAAUUCUGAAGCAACAAACAGGCAGUGCAUUCUAAGAAUGGAUGACUUAGUCAACCCAAUGAGUUCUCUUAGGGUGCUUUUCUUUAUUCAUACAAAGCUAUAAAAAAGUAGAGCAAAUUAUCCUUUGAGGUUAGAAUCAAUCUAAUACAGAAAUUCUGAAGGAUGAAUAAUAAGACACAGGUGUUUUUCCUAUUAUUA